AUGCAUGACACGGCAAGUGCUCGCGAAGGGGCGGGAGGGGCGCAUGUCCAGGCGGGGCCGGCGCAGGGCACGGCCGGUCUGCUGGACCUCCCGGACAGCCUCCUCGCGGCCCUCGUGCGCGCGCUGACCGAGAACGACGACAACAACGACGACAACGAGGGAGCGCUGUGUGAACUGCUCAGGUGCUCCCACGCCGCCUUCUCGCGGCUGACCCGGGCGGCGACGACCCCGCUGCCGCUGCCAGUGUGGCUUCUGGACACCGACCCCGCGGAGGUGCCUCGCGCUUGGGCCGCGGCACGCUCUGCGCGGUGGGUGCUCACGCAGAAAGGCAUCGACUCGCAGCCGGGCGGGGCGCGGCUGCUCGGCGCCGUGGGCGCGCUCGAGGGGCGGAUCGUCGGGCUGGGCACGGUGUGCGACGUGCACGCGUCGCUGUUCGGGCACGAGUCGCGCCACCGGCUCAUGAGCACGCGCGAGGGUCCCGGGCGCGUUGCGGUGCCUCUGACGUCCGUGGUGGCCGCAUGCGUCCAGGAGAGCAGCCUGGAGACGGUACACAUCGCCACCUCUCUUCACACAGCCGCGGCGGCGCUCGACGUCCUCGCUCGGUCGUGCAAGAGCGGAAACCUGCGAACGUUGCAAGUCACGAUGUGGAGCGACCCCGACGACGACCCCGACGAUGACGACGGCGAAGCCUGGCACCCGCGCCAGGCCACGGAGCAGGUGGCGCGCGCCCUGGGCACCGUCGCGGGGCUCUGCACCCACAUCUCGCACCUAAGCAUCGACGUCGACAUCACGCAGGAGUUCGGCAUCGCGACGGGACUGCUGGCCGUGAUCCACCUGCUCGCGUCCCUGGAGGACGUCCACCUCGGGCUGCACUCGACGGAGGGCUGGGUGGUCACCUCGCACGGCGGCGACGUCCUCCACGCCUCCCUGGCGCAGCUCGCGCGGCUGCCGCGGCUCAAGGCCCUCUCGGUGGCGUGCGGCCUCUGCGACGACGAGCAUCCGGGCGGCUCGUGGCUCGCCGCCCUCACCGGCCUCGAGCUGCUCGCACUCGAGGGGUUUAGAAUACACCUCCCCCACGUCAGGGGCCUCUCAGCCUUGCGACGCCUCCGGAUCACCGCGAACGCGCGCGUCGGGCCCACGCUGCUCGAUGACGCGGCGGUGGCGGCGAUCAACGCGCUCACGAGCCUCGAGGUCCUCGAGCUGAAGCACGUGCGCUGCGCCUGCGCCCCCUCGGCGGAGCUUGACUCCCCCCUGACGACGCUCACCAUGAUGGACGCCGAGCUCCCGUCCGUGGACGGCGCGACGGUCAUCGCUCCGCGCGUGGCGACGCUCCCGAACCUGCGCCACCUCGCGGUCGAGCCGCGGUCCCAGAGCGACGACGUCCGCGGGCCGGCGAUGCACUCCAGCACCGCGCAGGAGCUCAGCCUACUUGCGGACCGCCAAGGGCUGCGGACGCUGCAAGUGCGCGCGUGGCUCACGCCGGCGUCGUGGCGGGAGGUCUGCAGAAUGCACAAGCUCGCGACGCUGGCAGUCGGGCUCGGUGCCGUGCCCACCGGGCGCGACGCGGCCGCUGCUGCGGGCCUCACGUCGCUGCGCUCCCUCGGUCUCAUGUGCGACGACCGGAUCCAGACGUCCGCCCUCGACGCCUUCGCCGCCAGCGGCGCGGCGGCGCACCGCGCGUGGGGCACGUGCGUGGGCCAACUACUCACGCAUCUCCCCCCUGACAGCCUGUCAUACCUCCGCCUCGUCAUGGUGCAUCUGUCGCCGGUGGCGUGCGACGCGUUGCUGCGGUUCCCGCAGCUGGCCACGCUCGAGCUCGCCGGCGCCGGGCCGCUCACCGUGGACAUGUUCAGCACGCUCGCGGCCUGCGCGGCCCUCGAGCACGUCCGCAUCGAGAGUUUUUCGCUGAACGAGGGGGUGCGGGGACUCAUCAGUGCGUGGGGGGGGGUAUUGGGGUCCCGGGACGUCCGGGUCGUGGUCGCGCCGCCCGUGGACGAUGCGCCGUCGCCGCUCGAGGGGGACGGAGCGAGCGGCGAGGAGGUCCACGAGGCGGCGGCGGCCGGCUGGCAACAGCUGGCGCUGACGGCAGCGGCGUCCGACUCGGGGGACGACGAGACGGCGUCCGGCGCGGAGGACGAGGACGAGGACUUCUCCGACGCGAGCGAGUCGUUGUUCGACGACAGCUCCGUCGGCGGCGACAGCGACGCGCACUUGGGGUGGGUGGAUGUCAGCAGCGUGCACGGGCGCGAGGGCGGCUCGGGUGCGCGGUGCGCGGUGGCGUCGCACGCGCUGUCUGCGCCGCCGACGAUCUCGAGCGCGGCCACGUCGCGCAGCGAGUGGUCGGUGGCGGUGGACGCCCUGGACAGCGCGACGCUGCGUGAGGCGGCCCGGUCGAAGUCGAUGCCGGGGUGCGUCGACCUCGGCAUGCGCUGGGGCGAGCCCGAGCGAAGGGGGGGGGUGUUGGGGGUGUCCGGAGCCUGA